UCGCCGGGUCGGACGAGGACGGAGCUAAGGCCGCCAGCAGCGGAGGGCCUCGCCUCGCGAGUCGGCAGCGAGCAGCAGUGAGCUCACGAACCGCUCGGGGAACGUCACGGGCCGGGCACGAACGCCAAAGUCACUGGAAGUGGCUGGAAGGCGCGCGCGUCGAGCCUUCCGACGUCCAAAAAUGGCGUUCCACGAAUAAGCGAGGCGCGCGCCGAGGGACGCAUCGGCGAGUUCCGACCUGUCAGUGCGUGUAAACAAAUCGAACAGCACGAUGCAGUCGACCGAGCAACUUCGACCCGACCAGCUGGUGGGCUUGGUCGCCAGGUCGGCGGAAGGAACCGCCGCCAAGGGAAUGCCGAUCAAAGGACACGAGGAUUUAUGGGUGGAGAUACAGGCGAACACCUUCAGGAACUGGGUGAACGAGCACCUGAAACACGCAGGGGAUGCCGGAGGUGGUCCUGUUAUAGACCUCGCCGAGGACUUCAGAGACGGGACCAGGCUUUGCGCCCUGGUGGAGGUCCUUACCAAGCGCAGGUUACCUCGGUGGAACCCCAGGCCUGCGAAUCAACACCAUCACCUGGAAAACGUCUCGACCGCUCUUCGAGCUAUCGAAGCUGACGGGGUCAAACUCGUCAACAUAGGUAACGUCGACAUUGUAAAUGGAAAUUUGAAGCUGAUCCUUGGAUUAAUAUGGUCUCUAAUUGUAAGAUACCAAAUAGGCAAGUCCAAGUUCCCACCAAGGAAACUUAUGCUAGCGUGGCUCAAGGCUGCACUGCCAGAAUGCAGAGUUAACAAUUUUACAACCGAUUGGAAUUCUGGCGUGUAUCUGAGUGCGCUGAUAGAUUAUUGCAAGCCCGGCAUGUUCCCUCACUGGCGGCAACUCGACCACACCGACAGCGUGUACAAUUGCCGCAAAGCGAUGGAAAUUUCUAAACGAGAGUUUGACAUUCCCGUGGUAUUGGAACCCGAGUACCUUGCGUCACCUUAUUUAGAUGAACUGUCCGGCAUGACGUAUCUAUCAUACUUCAUGAAGGAAGGAUCUCCAGGGUUUUAUGCAACCUUACGAUGGGUCAACUCUCAGUUACCUCAUGCACCGGUUAGGAAUUUUACGACCGAUUGGAACGAUGGCAGAGCGCUUUGCGGCAUCGUUAGAAAUUUGGGAGGACCUGCUCCGACAUUCGAUAAACUCGAUACCGACCCCUCAGCCUGGGAGCACAACAUACAACAAGGUAUGGACGGUGGUAGAAAACUGGGCGUCGAACCAAUCCUGAAGGCAAGGGACAUGGCAGAUCAGAAUGUGGAGCACUUAGGCGUUAUGGCUUAUGCGGCGUGCUUUCAGUGGGUAAAGCCCCGCCCUCAAGCCAGUGAACAAAUUGCGGUCUACAUAGAUAGCACUUCCGCCAGAGUGCAACAGCCGGCUUAUUUCAAAUUGGAGAUGAUGUCGAAAGAAGUCAAUACCCGGGAAGUACGUGGCGAAGUGGUGAGUCCCAGCGGAAGAACCGAGUGCCGAUUAACGUGGAACGGCGUUCAUGGGAAAGGGACCUUCGUUCCUACCGAGAUCGGAAUGCAUAAGUUGAUGAUAUACAACGAUGGGGAGCUGGUCAGUGGGUGUCCGUAUCAUUUCAGAGUCUUACCUCCUAUUACAAAAAUCAAGUCUCCUGGCAUGGAUCCGUGCGCCAUCGGGUCCAUCGUCGAAGUUCUAGUCAAUAGUUAUGGAACUAGUCAUGAUGGCAUCGACGUGACGGCCUGGUCCCCAACUGGAAGACCAUUGCCGUGUCCAGUUAAAGAGAACGAUGGUGUCCACACAGCAACCUUUCAGCCGGACGAGACGGGUGAAUGGAGUAUCGCGAUCACCCACAAGGGAAAUCAUAUACAGGGAGGUCCAUUCACGUGUUUCGUGUUCGAUCCCAACGGAGUCAAGUUGCUCGACACGGAGGGUGCUAUGCCCAAUCAGCCAUUUUUCUUUAUCGUCGACGCCUCGGGAACAGGAGGUCUCGGCGACGUGAUAAUCGACAUCGUCCACGACAAGCAAUCCGUCCCUCAUCGAAUCGAGGACAUCGGACACAUGAGGUACCGAGUGUCUUUGAUUCCUCGAGAUGCUGGGAAGUACCGGGUGUACGUCUACUUCAACGGCUCCGAUGUUCGAGGCUCUCCGUUCUUACUGCGAGUCGGCACCCAGAAAGGGUCCAGAAGGUCGAAGGAAUCUACUUCCAGUUUAGAGAGGACCAAGAUCUCCUCGCUGGAGAGACGGACGAACGGCUUGAAUUCAUCGAAAACCGAGCGAACCAGUCCUGUACAAAAGAGUUACUCUCCCGUGUACAAAUCUUCCAGCCCCACUCAGGGUGGUCACGAGUAUACACCGUUACGUCAAAACGUGUCGUCGUUCAAAACGUCCAGCAAUUAUACCGCAGAGAACAGUUCCUCCUACCACACGAUGAGCUCCUUGAAUCACUCCCGCUCGAGCAAUCACAAUCAAAACUCGACUGCGCGGAACUUGCACAGUCCGUCGCUGAUCAAAGAGUCGAAGGAGAUAUAUUCCAGCAGCUCUGUCAAUCGUUCCCGAUCUCCGAAUGGGAAUAUUUCCGGGUCGAGGAACCUUCAGAGUCCGAGUAUCAUUAAGGAAUCGAAGGAGAUCUACUCUUCGAGCACGAUCAAUAGAUCUCGAUCGCCAAACCCUGGCCAUUCGUCGCGCGCUGCCGGUAGUCCUACGCUUAUCAAGGAAUCGAAGGACAUUUAUCAAUCGAGUCCGCUCAAUCGGUCCAGAUCACCGGACCGUAGCCCGAUGACGUUUAGAAGCACGCAGAGUCCUGUAAAUAGAAGUUUCAGUCCCAGGAUAAAUGAGAAGGACGUUACGGUGAACAAAAAGGGUCCCUCGGACAACGGAGUCGUGGACACCAGUAGCAACGUCAGGGUGUCAUCCACGACGGGUGGGACCUCGCGACGCGACUCGUGGGAUGCAAUUGCCAAGACGAAGUCUCUGCUCUCGUACGGUAGCUUGGAGUCCUUGGCGAACCUGGCGAACAACUCGACCACGGUGGAUUACGUGACACACGGGGAUAACGUUCUGAACAACAAUUACAGAAACAAUCAACACUACGAGUCGUCGAACGUGACACACACGCGAAACACCUCGACGAACUACAGCUCUUCGCAGAGGUUUUCGACCGCCGAUUACGACGCUACCAAGAAGUUUGGCGGGGAAAAUCAAAGCGCCCGCGGGCAAACCCACGGCAUAUUGAAAAACAAGAGCAACAAUAAUUACAGAAGCGUAGACGCGACGGAUUCCGUGCACGAGCGCUUUCUGAAUAAUGGCGUAUCGACGCUUAAGUCUUCGCAUAAGAAAAAUUCACUGGUCUCCGGAACGGCAUUGGACAUGCUGCCGGUUCACCGACCUACAUCUUUUUCCGUAGACUCCAAUGUCGACUCCAGUAAAGUCUCCGUGGUUGUCACAGGACCAGGAGGAAAGUCAGUACCCGUGCAAAAGUCCAUACUUCGAGGUCUGACCUACACGAUAACCGCAGAAGAGGUUGGCGAAUACAUUAUCCAGAUUUUAAUUAAUGGCCAGCACAUUAAAGGUUCCCCGUUCCGGUCGCAGGCGUACAAUGCAAGAGCUAUACAAGUGGGGAAUAUUCCUGACGGGGUGGUUGACCAGCCUGUAGAGUUUGAAAUCGACGGUUCGAGGGCAGGCUCUGGAAAUCUAGAAAUCCUGGUAAAUGGCGGGCAUGUUACCAGCUUCGUCAGGGCACUGGGUAAUCAACGAUUCCUGGCCUCUUUCGUCCCCCACGAAGCGGUCACGCACUUGGUGGAGAUGACGUUCAACGGGGAAACCGUGCCCGGAUCGCCUUGGCGCGUUGGCAUUAUGGCUGGUCCAAAAAUGUCCGUUGUCGGGGACUCGAUUCGGUUGGUCCCUGCUGGCACUCCUGCGCUGUUCGAGCUCUCUGCACUCGGUUUUUCUAGUAACGAAAUCGACGUGCAGAUCAUAACUCCUUCGAAGAGGCACAUAUCUGCCCAUAUCGAGGAAGAGCCGGGACGGCCAGGAGAGUUCCGUGUUGAAUUUACUCCUACCGAAGUCGGCAGUCACCUGGUAGAAGUAAGCAUCGCGGGACAAAAGCUGCCGGCAGGACCUCUCGUCGCCAAAGUAUAUAACAGCAGUCUCAUUCAAGUUACUGACAUACCCAGUGCCAUUGUUGGACAUGCCUGCCAAUUCAGAGUCGACGCCAGUGCUGCUGGUGAAGGUCAAUUAGAGAUCUCCAUAAAUGAAGGAGAAGUACCUAACCAUGUUCAAGUAGUUGGAGGUGGCCGGUGCCUUGUUUCGUUUACUCCUGACAUCGCCAAGCCUCAUUACAUCGACAUUAAAUUUAAUGGAGAGACCGUAUCUGGUUGUCCAUUCGUGUGCAAUGUAUCCGAUACAAGCAGAGUUACUUUAAGUUUAAACCACUUGGAAUUAAUACCCGUUGAUCAACCAGCUAGUUUCCACAUGGUAGUUGAUGGAAGUGGAAGUGCAGAGUUAGCGGUCUCCGUGAGGGGACCUAGUACGGAGUUACCUGUCAAAGUAACCGGGAACAUACAUAGUGGUUUUACAGCGGAGUUUAUUCCUAGAGAUGUAGGAGUUCAUUCCAUUGGUGUAGAAUAUAACGGUCAUCCAGUAAAUGGAACACCAUUCUUAGCAAAAGCAUUUAAUGCUGACAAAGUAUUAAUAGGAUCCGUUGCCAGAGGCAGCGUUGGCCAACCUACACACUUCACUGUCGAUGCAAGUCAGGCUGGCGAAGGAAAUUUGGAGAUCACUAUAUCGGCACGUGGCCAGAAUAUUCCCACACAAGUGACACCUCAAGGCAAUGCUCGUUUCUCCGUCAGUUUCGUGCCCUUUGAGGCAUGUGAACAUGUCAUCAACAUAGCAUUCAAUAAGAGAACGGUGCCAGGGUGUCCGAUAAUUACAAGGGUGGGUGGAGAUAGCCACGUAACGGUCAGUGGGCAGGCAUUAAGCAGCGCUGGUUUAGGACGGCAAAGUUAUCUUACCGUCAGUAACGUUGCCGGUAGCUUGGAAGAUCUUGAAGUUAACGUUGAAGGACCCAAUGGACAGGCCGUACCGGCACAGGUCACUGACAACAAAGACACGACCUGCACCGUUGCGUUCACACCGAGGGUCGUCGGGGAGCACAGAAUCUCGGUGAGCCAUCGGAACGUACCCGUGGUGGGCAGCCCGUUCAGCUGCAAAGUCUACGACGUCGGUGCCAUCAAGGUGAAAGACGCCAAACGCGGAGUCAUCGGCCUGCCCGUUACAUUCCUAGUGGAGACCAGCCAAGCCGGACCGGGGAACCUGGAAGUUACCGUGAAUGGAGGGCGGGUACCUACCUCGGCUCAGGCGCAAGGACCUCAUACCUACGCUAUCUCGUUCACACCUAGAGAACCGAUCGCCCAUACCGUGGACUUGAGGUUCAACGGAGAAGACGUACCGGGCAGUCCGUUCACCUGCCAGGUGAGCGACACCGCCAAAGUUUUAAUCACCGAGGGACUCGAGAAGGUGUCUGUGAACCGGGUCGCUACGUUUACCAUCGAAGCCGAUGCAUCGCUGGGGACACCUACGGUCGAGGUUUUGUCGCCGACCCGAGAAAGCUUACCGGUUAUUCUGAAGCAAACUGGACAUGGGUCUUACAGUGCGGGGUUCACGCCGAAAGAUGUUGGUGAUCACAGCGUCGAGGUGAAACUGCGGGGAUCACACGUGGAAGGCAGUCCGUUCCUGGUAAAGGCUUACAAUGCUGAUAAGGUGAAGGUGACGGACAUCAACAGUGGAGUCGUGGGAAAGCCGGUGUUCUUCAGCAUUAAUGCCAGUCAAGCCGGAGCAGGGAAUCUAGAAAUUAUUGUCGCGGUUAAUGGUAAAAACGUUCCAAAUUACGUGCAAAGUGAAGGCAACGCCAAGUUCAGAGUGAACUUCAAACCGCAGGAAGCUGCGGUGCAUAGUCUGAGCGUCCGUUUUAACGGCGAGCCCGUCCCAGGCUCUCCAUUUAGUUGCAAGGUGGUGGGUGCAGGCCAGGCAAUGAUUUCCGGUCACAGUUUGAAGAUGGGAGCGGUGAAACAGACGAUCUCCUUUUCCGUCGAUCCUCAAAAUUCGUCGACAAACUGUGACGUAAUCGUUAAACCGCCGUCGAAUAUAGUACUUCCAAUAACGAUCGAGCCUUUCGAAGGAAGGUACAACAUUAGUUUUACUCCUAACGAGGUCGGCAGGCACAAUAUCAGCGUGCUAGUCGAUGACGAGCCGAUCAAAGGGUCUCCGUUCGCCUGCAAUAUCUACGACGUGACUAAAAUUCACGUGUCUGGACUAACGGAAGCGAUACUGGGCCAAGCAACUACUUUCACGGUCGAUGCUGCAGAAGCUGGGGAAGGAACUUUGGAGCUGGUUGUCAGCACUGAAAAUAACACCGUCAAAGCAGAAGUUGUCGCCUGUGCUCGUGGUCUGUAUGACGUCACGUUUAUACCACAGACAACGAGCACUCACUACGUAAAUAUUAGUUUUAACGACGAUAAUGUUCCAGGAAGUCCAUUUAAGUGCCCAGUGAUCGGUAGUGUGUUGGACGGGCCUUCUGUAAUCAGAGUGGGCAACACUGCUUACAUGGACUUGGACAUGCCAGGUUUAGAGGGUCCUAUUUCCGCAGAAAUUACCGGUCCGGAUGGAAUCAUCAUUCCAAGCACGCUGACAAAAUUGUCCUCCACCUUGUACCGCGUGGAAGUCAGAACUCGCCAGGUUGGAACGUAUAACGUCGUGUUCAACGACGGUAAUAAGAUGAUCAGCUCGCAAACUCUUCAAGCCUUCGACCCGACCAAAGUGACCAUUAAGGAAGUGUCCGAUGCGGUCUGCCAUCGACCUAGUACUAUAUUAGUAGUUGCUUCCACGGAAGCUGGACCUGGGAAAUUAAGCGUGAACGUCCGAGCUGGCGGAGCCGAUGUCGAUAGCGUGAUUCGAGAAAAUGAAAACGGAGUUUACGAGGUAGUCUUCCAUCCAACGCGCGCUGCGCCUCACAGGAUUCAUAUAAAAUACAACGACGUCCACAUUCAAGGAAGUCCGUUGGAAGUAACUGUGCGUGGACCGACCGGGGGUCGCGAAGUCACCGCGACUGGAUUGGGUCUCUAUCAGUCACCGGUUGGAAAAGUUACCUCUUUCACCAUCGAAACUCUUGGUCGUCCUGGAAAAGAGUUCGAUGUCGUAAUCAGCGGCCCGCAAGGCAAUGCCGUACCGGUUAGGUGUUAUCAGCACCGAGAUGGAAACCUGCUCGCUGAAUUUACCACCAACUCCGUUGGAACGUACAAAAUCGACGUCUUGCACGGAGCUAAGCCAGUGCUGGGCUCGCCGUUCUUUUGCCAAGCAUUCGAUGCCUCGAAGGUGAAGAUUCAAGAGCUGGGUCCGACUACCGUAUCGGUUCACGAUCGCAUCGCGUUCAAAUUGAUGAAGACUGACGCCGGAGUCGCAGAGUUGGACGUGACAGCGACAAGUCCUUUGGGGCAGGAGCUUUCCCUGCAGGUCAGCUCCCUCAACGAUGGGGCGGAAAUGAUUGAAUUCUCCCCGAGCGUCCCUGGAACGUACAUGAUUAAUGUAACCUACGGAGGAAUUCCAGUACCCAGCAGUCCCAUGGUGUACACCGUUGAAGCUGCUGGGCAAGCCAGAGCGAAAGGUGAAGGUUUAAUCAAUGGACACGUUGGGAAACCUGCGCACUUUAUCGUCACUGGCACCAGAAGUCCUCCUGCUGUUCAGGUGGACGGGCCAGACAGCGUGUCGAAGGCUGCCAUCGAGGCAGGGGCGAACCCUGGCACGUGGAAUGUUUCUUAUACUCCUUCCGAGGUGGGUGUAUUCGACAUCAGGGUCGUCUGCGCUGGACAACAACUACCUGGAUCACCUUGGCAUCCGAAGAUUAUAGAUACCCGAAAUUUACGCGUGAUAGGCGGGUGGGCAGCGCUUUGCGAUGAGAAGGGUCGAUUGAAGCUGAAUCCAACAUCGAAGAUCAGCUUCGAUAUCGCCGAGGCUGGACCUGGAGAACUCGGGGGCUGCGUGGGAGACCAUCCAUUGACCUUCGAAAUGACGUCGAAUGGGAGAUUAAAACUUGUCCCACCGCAAACGAGCGGUGGGGAGUAUCACCUGGAAAUUACAUUUAAUGGCGCUUCGUUUCCCGGGGCGCCGAAGGUUGCUGUUGUACCUGAAUCAGAGACUCUCGCACCGGACACGAGCAGAGUCAUGUUGAGAGGUCGAGGACUAACUUCGGCGAAGGUUGGCGAGGAGGUCAGCUUCACAAUCGAUGGCUCUCAAGCGGGGAAUGGAACGCCUAAAGUACAACUCUUCUCGCCUACCAGUGAAUUAAACGUGACGUUGCAACAUUUGGGAGACAGCGUUUAUCGAGCAAGUUACAUCCCUCUGACGUCGGACUCGCUUCUAAUGACAGUGUCUUGGAACGGAAGGCAACUGAAAGGAUGCCCUUUGCAAGUCAACGUCACUAGUGCAGCGGACGCUUCGAGAGUUAUUUGUUCGGGCGACGGUUUGAAACACGGAAUUGUCGGUCAAGAGAUCCGAAGUUUCAUCGACACGAGGCGGGCCGGUCCUGGCGAACUUACGGCACAUUGUGUCGGCCCUCACAAAGUAGCUUAUUGCGAGCUUUAUGAUCACGGCGAUGCUACGUUUACCUUGAAUGUAAAACCUCAGGAAGCUGGGCGACACGCGCUUACGAUUAAGUAUGCCGGUGAGCAUGUACCUGGUUCUCCAUUCACGUUGCGCGUCUCUGGCGCGCCAGAUGCCUCCAAGGUUCGCGUGUACGGGCCUGGGAUCGAACAUGGCGUGCUGGCUACCUUUCAGUCAAGGUUCAUCUGCGAUACCCGAGGAGCCGGAGCUGGUCAAUUGACCGUUCGGGUGCGAGGUCCCAAAGGAGCGUUCAGAGUAGAAAUGCAAAGGGAGACUCAAAAGGACAGAAUAAUACUAUGUAGAUACGACCCAACGGAACCUGGAGACUAUCGAGUGGAGGUUCGCUGGGCUGGUGUCCUUGUUCCUGGUUCGCCCUUUCCAGUGAAAAUCGUGGACACCCAAGACGAACUGUUGAUGCUGUCACAGGGGGGAGAUAAUUAUUCGACGGGCCACCAUACUAUCACAUCGUGGCGAGGAUCGCAAGCUAUUCUGUAGAGUAGCCGCGUUUAACAUUGUUAUUAUUUUAUAUGAACUAAUAAUAUAUUUUAUAAUAUAUAAUAUUGUAACUUAUAUAAACGUUUUCAAUAAAAUCGACAUUAGGAGCUCGCGUUUAUCGCCUUCCUAUGGUUCGGUGUUAAAACUA